AUGACAGCACCCUUUUGGGUACCUCAACCAUUACCGUUCACAAUAUUUUGUCCACCAAUGCCCAGUUUACUGCUCUCUCCAAAUAUGCCGACAAUCUUUCCGCCAUUCACCAAACCCUCACAAAGCAUCACCUCAAAGGACACAGUCUCACCUCAUCAAACCACUCCUGCCACAAAACGUUUAUCGAAGAUGUUUCUCGUCGAGAGUCUUCUGCCUUCUGUCGCCGAAAAACAAGCCACUCCACCGCCGGUCAGUUCCUUGACUUCGAUUGUUGACUAUCACUUCAAUCACCUUACCCAUCAUAUUAUCACAAAUGGUAUUUUUCUAUGA